CCUACAGGGAGACUGGCUCAACGGAGACCAUCUCAGACGGACUGCUUGAACCCCGGAGAAAGCGGGUAACGAAGAAGUCCAACGGUAGGUUGAGUGUACUCCCAAGCACUUUGGGUGACCUGCGCCAGAUCCCCGGGAGCUGUCGUUGCUGUUGGGCCACAACGAAUCAUGACAGCAAGGCUGGCACUUUCAUCAACUUCCUCCCCAGCGUCCCAAAUCUACCCAGUAUUCUGGUACGAUUGUGUGUGUCCACGUCGCACAAUCUGAGCUGUCCCCUACCGCCACCGCUACCGUUACCGCUACCGCUCCCGCUACCUUGCGAAUGCCUUCCCCUUCUCCCUCCUUUACGUGAUGAAUCCUAAGAUCGCGCCGAGGUCGCUGUUGCCCAAAACGGAGCCAUCCACCCCAUCUUCAUCCUCCGUCUCCCUGGAUACCAAAAGCGCAAACAAUGGCAACGCCAACGCCAAUACCAACGGCAAUGGCGAGCUAGCCCCCAAGCGACGAUGUAUCUCGAGUGCAUGCAUGCCGUGUCGCAAACGCAAGUCCAAGGUUAGUCAGAAGAGAUUACCGACAUGAACAGGUUGAUCUGCGCAGAACGAUCGCCCGCAGUUUUCCAAUGGCUUGCUUUUUCCAUGCACCCGCUAACCGACACAGUGUGAUGGAAUUCAUCCCUCCUGCCAUGCGUGUUCUUCAGUCUACCACUCGGUAAGUUCCAGUUCCUUCAAGUAGAAGCCCUUCGUUUUGGGGGGUAACUGUUAGAGCCGAGACACUUUGCGACAUCGACACUGCUCUUAUCGAUACGCCUCCUAUACUCCCCGAAUUGGCUCAAAGAAGUAUACUGACUCUCAUCAAGGCCUGCUUCUACGAUAUAGACUCAGACCAUCGUCGGAAGGGCGCCUUGAAGCGGGACAUUGCGCAGCUGAAAGAUGAUCUAGGUCCUCGAAAUGCCAUCUUGGAAGCAAUUCGGAAGGGUUCCGAAGCCGACGUCGAUGAUAUUGUGCAGUUGAUUCGUUCCAAUCCCGACGAUACGUGGGAUUCCAUUGCCGAAGGCGUCAAGAAGAUCAGCAUAUCAGCAUUGCAAAAGACUGCGCCAUCCUCAUACCUCGAAGGAGAGUUGCAGGAUUUUGCCAUCAAAACAUCCACCAAGCUGGGUAACAUCCGUCAGUAUGGUCAUACUUCGAACUUGUACCUCUUGGAAAACGACGAUGAGACUGCCAACCUAGGACGAAUGUAUUAUGGGAAUUGGACCAAUGUCACCAACAACCACGAAUUCAUUCGACAUCUCUUGGACGUGUAUCUGUCUUGGGGCCACCCAAUGUAUACAUUGUUCUCGGAAGAGAUAUUCUUACAUGGGAUGCAAGAUCGAAAACUCAAAUACUGCACACCUCUCCUUGUCAACGCCAUCUUAGCAAUAGCCUGUCAUUUUUCGGACCGACGAGAGGCUAGGGCGAAUCCCAAUGACCCUUCAUCCAUUGGUGAUCACUUUUUCGCCGAAGCAGUCCGCUUACUACACGAGGAUGGUAGACCUUCACUCACCACGGUUCAAGCGCUGGGGAUUAUGUCUUUGCAUCAGGCGAUGAACAACCAAGAUAGUAGUGGAUGGAGUUACUUGUGUCAGACGAUGGGCAUGGUCAUGGAACUUGGCUUACAUAAGGACCAACCUGUCCCAACAAACGCAAAUGACAAGUUUACCGAUUCGGAAGUAGCUGCGCGUAGAAUAACCUUUUGGGGAUGCUACUAUCUCCAGACUGCCUGGGCGGUCUGUGUUGGACGUCUCUCGCUCGUUCCCUGGACAGCGAUCAGAAUGGAUAAGCCAGUAAUUCUAGACCAUUUAGAACGAAAACCAUGGAGGCCGUAUGGUACUGCGGCAAUGUCGAGUGGAAAUAAUCGUUUGGAGCAGCCAGGUCUGAGAUACACUUUGCUCCUUCAUCUGAGUCAUCUCUGUGAGAUCGUGGACGAUAUAGUCCAGAUGUUUUACGCACCAAGAGAUCGAAUCACCAGCCGCCGGCUGCAACUUCAUCAUGAGAAGCUUCAAGCUUGGUACAAGGGAUUACCAUAUAAUUUGGCAAUCAAAGAAAACUCGCCCACAUUGCCCCAUGUGAUAACUCUACAGUAUGAUAUUCUAUGUUGAACAUCAAGAAAUGCUAAUAUAGUCUAGUGUUUACUAUCAUACAUGCGUUAUCCAAUUAUUCCGCCCCUUUAUACGGGUUUCUUUCGUCAAUUCUACCAAAAAUCCUCGACAAAUAUGUGGGGAAGCUGCAAUCAGAAUAUCUGAAGCAAUGGCCCUAUAUAAGGCAACUUACGGUUUUAGUAAAAUGUGUUUUAUAUUCACUCAUUGUUGCAUGACAGCAGCCAUUAUUCAUCUGGUCCGAGUGACUGGGGCCAAUCUUGCCCCACACGUUAUGGACGUGACAUCUAAAUAUGUUGCUGACGCCAUUCGGGCACUCUACGAUAUGCUUCAAAGCUUUCCUAUUGUGGAAAGAUAUCUCAAAGCUAUCCGAGCAUUGGUAUUAAAAUGGUUUGCGUUCAAAGAUAUACCUCCAUCCAUCAUGGAAGCCAUGAUGGAAACCGACAUUGGUUCUCCCAGCUCUACGCAUUCAAACGUACCUCCCGUCAUGGCUCAGGCAUAUCAGACAAUGCCUGAUCGCAAAUCUUCAGCGCCCGAUCUCUUCUCGGAACCAUAUGCUCAACAACCAGAACACCCCAACCCCAAUAUGAUGUCAGCUCAAACUUUCAAUCAACAAAUCUACUGGACGCCAUUUCCCAAUCAGGCAGAUGGACUUCCACUCGCACUGCCAGUAGACAACAAUCCCAUCAGUCAGCUUAUGGAUAUCACCAGUAUGCUUGACUCUGGGAUUGAUGGCGAUUGGCCUCAACUCAAUCGUGAUGGGUUUACGAUGAGCGGAGAGGACGAGGUCGCAUUCUGGGACGUCAGUUGGGACAACCCUGUUUUGCAUUAGUUCUUUGUGUUUUCCUUUUUCUUUUGUCAUAUAUUCUCACUACAUACGUGACGCUUCUUUCUUUUGUUGCCUUCAUAUAUAGAGGUUUAGGCGGGUGGUAUUUUUUGGCAUGCCUCUCGAGGCUAUUUCGGAAUUGGAAAAUGGUGGCUGCAUAUUCAUUUCAAGGCGUUCGUUCUAUUAUAUCUCUUUAAUGUUUUCUGUGUUUGUAUAUAUACAGCAUUGACGGGCUAUUGUAAUUAGGCUUGCGUGGUUUACCUUGGAAAAAUAGAGAUGGGGAAGAUGCAAGGAGGGAUGGCUGUAAUCAAAAUCCAUUUACAUAUUGAUACCCAAG